AACGGCCCCAUUCGGCGCCGGCAGCGGGCGCCCGGCGGUCUUUGCUGCCGCCCGGGGGCGCAGAGGCCGGGCCUUUUCUUUCAGCACAAACGUCAGUUUGUAAAAGGGUGGGGCUGGAGUCUGAGUUUUCAGGCUUCUGUCUCGAAGGAAGUCUGGCAGGCUCGGAAUUGCUAUCUUCCUCAGGCAAAUAGUUUUUCAUCUUAGAGCCAGCCUUGGCAAGGCCAAACCGCCCAGUCACCCGACUUCCCACAGUCUCAGCAGGUACACAGGGCGGGGAGCCUCGCGAGCGGCUCCCUCAGCCGGACCUGAGGGUUUCGGGAGAGUCCUGGCUUUGCACUUAGUUUUCCCGCUGCCUGGCUGCCUCCGUGGCGGUUGUGCUGCUUUUUAUGCAAGAUCUGGGAUCGAAGGCAAAUCAUCCUUUCCCUACGCCCCCUGCAGACCCUUGCCGCGCUCCUCGAUUUUGUACACUGUCAUUAAAGUGUUUGAAAUGAAUGGAGGAAUAAAUUUUUUUCAUCUAUAAUUUGGAAGCCAAGUCAGUAACAAAAUGAAACCAGUAAAGCAUCUGUUGACCACCAGUAACAAAUCAGCAACUGUUCCAGCAUUAACUACCAAAAAAGGACUACAUAAUUUACCAUUAUCACCUAAACUGAAGGAAAAACAUAAUGCAAAAUUAAUUCAUGAUAAAAUUGAACCAAUGGUUCUAAGAUCUCCACCAACAGGAGAAUCCAUUGUACGGUAUGCUUUGCCCAUUCCAUCGAGUAAGACAAAGAACUUACUACCAGAAGAUGAAAUGAUCGGAAAAAUUAUCAAACAUCUGAAGAUGGUUGUUUCCACUUUGGAAGAAACCUAUGGACACUGUGAUCAGAAUGGAGAAGAACCAUUUGUAAAGCGUGAACAUGAAGAAUUAUCUUUAUCUGUUGGGGAUGAUAUGAAUUCAUUCUUGACAUAUUGUUCACAAUUUGCAACUCAGCUAGAAGCAGUGCUUAAAGAAGAACAAAAUAUUUUGGAAUCUCUUUUUAAGUGGUUUCAGUGGCAAGUCAAUCAGAUGGAAGAAAUAAGUAAAGAUCAAACUCUUUUACAAGCAGAGCCUCCAGAACCUGACAAAACAGUCACUUUAAAUAUUGCACAAAUAGUACGCCUUUUACAAAGAUUUGAAGAACUGAAGAAUCGCCUUAAACAGAGGUCUAAAUCCUCCUGGAAAGUCAUGUUGUCUAAAAGCAUGGAUGAAGAAAAUCGACCAGAAGCAGUGAAAAGUUGUGAAGCUGUAGCACGGAAAAUUGAAGAAUUCAUAGAAGCCCACUCAACUGAUGAAUUUAAAGGUAUUUCUGCAACAGAACCACAAACUGCUCAUUCAAUGACUAAUCGAUUUAAUGCCAUGUUGAAAGUAUUUGAAAACCAGGCAAAUAUGUUGGAGAGAGCUGUAAAUGAUCAAGUUUUGUUAGAUGCUGAAUACAAACAGAUACAACGUGAUUUUCAGUUGUUAUCAGAAGAGAAGUUGGUGCUGGAAAAUGAACUACAAAAGUUGAAGGACACAGAGAAAACUAAGCCUACAAAUAAUCGAACAAAGAAAGCUGCGAAAACUGUGAAGAAAAAAGACAAAGGAAAAUCUGAGGAUUCAGAAAAGAAGAUUUCUCCAGAAAAAGAGUUUAAAAUAAAAGAAGAUUUGGAUCAAGUACAGAAAGUAGCACGUCUGGAAAUUGAGAACAAAGUCCUUCAGGAGCAAUUGAAACAGGCUUUACAGGAAGCUGAAAAAGCUAAGCAUCAACUUAACUAUUUCCUAAAUCAAGAGAGGAAGUUACUUAAAAGUGAGGGGAAAACUGAGACAACCAUGCGAGUGGGUAAUAGUCAAACAGAAGUUAAAGGUGAAGAUUCAAAAACUAUACCAUUGGAGAAGGAAACAAGAAAAUCACUGGUUUCAGAUUCAGGUGGACAGAGGGCAAGUGAUAAAAUCCAAGAAUAUCCACAGAUCAUUGCCCAAAGCGGAAGACUGAUUGAAAAAAGAUCCUAAUAGAGUUUCUGAAAUACUUUGGAAAAGUCUCCCAAACCUUCAGAGAGUGGAUGGGAGCGAAGUAAGGAGACCCCACCUGAGCAGAUACAUGGUAUUGCUUACAAUAAAGUACAAUUUUGCUCUUUACAA